GAAGAGGACUCUUUGCGACUCGGGGAAGGUCGGGCAAAAACAUCUUUUAGCAAUUACUAGAGUCACCGACAUGAAAAAUUAUUGAAACUUUCAUCGAUCUCUUAAAAUGUGGAUAUAAAUGUGUUGGAAUCGAUUGUUUAUCAAUCGGACAUACCCGACAAAAAUAGAUGAAUAGUGCCAAAACUUCCAUCAAGGUGUUUUUAGGGCUCUAGGGGUGGUAACUAGGAGUUUCUUGAGACUAUCACGUAUGUUUCCACGAGGCGAAAUGUUAUUGUUAGUGGAGUUGGAGAUGAUUUUGCCUCUAAAAUUAUUUCAUAAUAGGAUUGAAUGGAUCGAGGUUGAAGGUAGCUAUUUAAUUACCACAUAAAUAAAUAAAAAUUCAAAAACGAUUUUCGAAAAAAAAAAAAGUAAUCGCCAGGUCUCGGAACCGGUCUACCGCCGGAUUUCGGACCCGGUCCGCCACCGGAUUUCGAACCCCGUCCGCCGCCUGUUCUCGGACCCCGUCCGCCGCUUGUUAUCGAACCUCGUCCGCCGCCAAAAUUCGGACCCCUUCCGCGCAGGGCGAGCAGACCCCGUUUGUCCACGACGUUUAGCUUCUCGACAAGCUCCUUCCUCUACGUCGUCGACGACAACACCCGCGGCAAACUCCUUCCUCUUCAACGCCCUCGAUUUUGUGCGGGGAGCGAGUGAGGUCGAACGAAUGGAGGGGUCAGCGGACCAGGUCGGAGAAAUGGAGGGGUCGGCGGUGGGAGCAGCGGUGAAGGGGUCGGAGGAAUGAAGUGGUCGACAUCGGCUAUUGUGGGAGGAGGGAGGAGGUUGUGAGGGGAUGGGUUUGAUAGGAUUUAGGAUUAGUUGGAAGAAGGGGCAAAUUCGUCAUAUUUUUUGUAACUAUGGGCGGCAAAUAGUAAAACUACGGGUGGCAAAUAGCAAUAUUUACAAAGAAUAUCAAACAUGCCCCUUCCCCUUUUGUUCGCUCGCCCGGCUGUCGCUUAAUUGUGAUAGCACGGCAACUAUCGUAGCGCCUGUUUAUUUCUUCGAUUUUUAUUAGACAUUUGGAAAAUAUUUUGUGUCAUUCCAAAAAAAAGGUUAUUUAUUUAUUUCAUGAAUUCAUGGGGUAAAAUAAAAUUUGUAUAGUGUUGAAAUAUAGCAAGUCAGAAUUGACUCCUCCCUUGACCAAGACCGUUUCUGAUUUGAAGUUGUCCAUAAAUACAAAAGGAAAGCGCUUAAUUGAAGGAAUCAAAGGGGUUGUCCCAUUUGCUUUCAACGGCUAGUCUCUGCUAGCUAUUUAUAAUCAGAGGAGGUUGCUGAUUGAUUGUAAUUUUGUGGAAAAUAAGCUUUGUGGUAUAAGACUAAACUUAUCAAAAGGGGUGACACAAGAGAGGUAGAGGGUCUAUUGUGUCGUGGCUGGAACAGAUCAGACUGUGAUCUGGGUUGUUCAAUUUUUCCUUUCGUGUUUCUAUUUUUUUUGUAGUAUAGAAUGUAAUCAUGUUAAUUGAGUCAAAACAGAAAAUCAACAAAGGGUCUCACAGACUGUAUUCUUGGACAUGGAAGCACACCAUUGCACUAGGGCGAACCACGUUAAAAACUUCUUGUGUUCUUAUUUUCUGCACUUUUCUUUCUGCUCUGUUUCUUCCCCUGUUUCUUCUCUGUUCUUCGACAAUCUUCUGCUAGAAUGGCUACUUCUAAGUGAGAAGCAAAGAAGCGAGGCUGAGCUCAAAGAACUGUCUAUUCCUUUAGCCUUUAGUCUCUGCAAAUCGUUUGUAUUUUAUUUGCUUGGGCCCGUUAUAUUGUUAUGCCCAUUUCUUUUCUCCUUGGCUGACUAAAAUAGCAAAUAGAAGAAAGCUUUUGGCUUCCCUUCUCUCGAUUCAUUCUUCUAUUUCAUCAGUCUUUCUCUUCUCUCUGAUUUGAAAUCAAAACUCUGGAGAAUGGCUAGAGAGAGAGAGAGAGGCCAGAGAGAGGGGGCUUGACAGGCUGAGUGGAGCAAAAGUAAGUAGCAAGAGUGGAGAUUUGGGUAGGGUUGAGAGGGUUGCUUUUCUUUUGUCUUGCAGGUCACAACUUUUGGAUGGCCAGCGUGGAAGCAGCAUUACGAAACAAGUUCGGCGGCAGACUCGAAUGGGAUCCAGACUGGUGUCUCUUUUCAGAAUUAAAGUGGGUGAAUCAUGGUUGUAUAAGCUCCAAGUCAACGAAGGUCAGAGAAGAUGGAGCAUCGCGAUGGAUAUGGAAUAGAUAUCAUGGCUCCAAGGCGUGUUACAAAUGGCGGGGAUGAAGUGUAGGUCUUUCCCUAGCAGGUGCAUCAAGACAAGCAACUCGCGCUCGAUCCAUGUCGGAAAGGGCACCAAUCGAAAGGGGACGUACCUUCAAAUAUCCGAACAGGCUGGAAAUGGGAAGGUUUACAAGAUUGUUAUCCCGCAGGCAUAUAUGGCGCUAGGUUGGGCCAGGCUUAAUAAUCCGAUUUGAGAAGUUUACUCGGCAGAGCUUCAAUCUCGAGUUGCAUCUCCGCCUGAACGUGUUCAGCCUCAUCUGGUUACUCCGGAGAUCUCAUUUGCCGAUGAAGUCAGAUACAGGGGGUUUCUACGGCGGAGGGAAGUGCUCUAUCAGGUCACAAGGGGAAGAGCGCUUUAUUGAUGUUGAGGAUGAUGGAGUGAAGGAAAGGCAUAAGCUUCUUGGCAGAAGCCUAGUUAUUAGGUUCUCUUCAGAUUCGAAAAUCUUCACCCGCAAUCAGCUUCAUGAGUUCAGGUGUUGGGCGAGUAAGGCUUGAAAUAUUAAUGAAAAUUUCGGGAUGGAAAAACUUUCUGAUGGGGACUGAAUACUAAUUUUCCCCGGUCCAUCCGAAGCUGCUCGCAUUAAGGAACUCGACCAUUCACGAUUCUGCAAUUUUAAAUUUCUCUCUCACUAUGGAACCUGGAAAAUGGUCGCAACAUCAUCUCUUUGCAGGAUGUGACAUGGAUCCUGGCCUGUGGAAUCCCCCUCCAUUUAAAGAGUGCUCAACUCUUCAAGUCCAUCGGUGAUUUUUGUGGCGUGUUCGUCGAUAUCGACUGGAAUUCGUGGAGUACUGCCUUCAUUAAGAUCAGAAUCCGGGCGGUAAGGUAGAUUCCAGAUGAAGUACCAGUCUGUUACAAUGGUCGAAUCUUUCCAGUCAAGAUCUUGGUACCGACGGCGAGCAUCCCCUCGUUGAAAAGCAGUAAGCGCAUCCUGUAUCUAAGUGGAAGGGGAAGGGUCGUUUCAAUCUUCCAUGCAAUUCAUUGAAAGUGGCCACAAUGGCUUCCUCAAGUUCUGGGAUGUGUGUUGGGAAAGUCUCCUCGGGUUCCGCUACAGAUAGCAUGCAAAGAUCUACGUCCGCUCCUAGGGUUGCUAGUCCCAAGCAAUGGAUACGUAAAGAAGGGCCAAUAUGGAUCAAUAAGGCUCUUGACUAUGUUGGGCCGAGUGGAUUAAAAAAGAGACAAGGAAGGGAGGAUGGGCUUAUUCUUUAUGAUAAGGCUCGGUCUAGUUGGGACGGGCAACCUAUUUGGGCUAAUGUCUGGUUGGAGUUAAUUUUAAGACUUUGAGCUGCAUCGUUGAAGAUCUUCUAGCCUAGCCCUUACUCCGAGCAGCCUGGUUUGACCUUGGUCUGGGAAACCAGCUAUGUACCCUCAACCUCACUCGUAUCUAUGUUCCUUCCCAUCUCUUGAUCUUUACCAUUUCUUCAACCCUCACUCAUCUUCCAAUAACCAAUACAAACCCAAACUUCAUUGAAACCUCAACUUCCCAGAAUCAUCAAGCCCCCAUCAAUUCCCCAACAGAAUCACAAGAACCCUCUACCUCCUCCCUUUCUCCGGUACCAGCCCGGAUUUGGUCCCAUGCACCCCCUUGAUUCUACCUACUCUCCCUCGAUGUCCCCACAGUCAUCCUCACAAAAUACCUUUGGCCUUUUCUCCUCUCCCCAGACCAUUGUUCAAUCGACCUUGUCCAAUGAACUGCCCUCCCCUUCCUGUGCCCUGAUCCCCGAGAGUGAGUGGAAUCUGAAUUCAUUCUCCUUUGAUAUUGAUAGUCUCGCGUCAAGAAGCUUGGCCCUUGAUCGAAUAUAUGAUCUAAUUCCGGAAGGGAAUGAGAAGACUGAAUCGCUAAUCGUGGAAGUCGCUAAAACCACCCAUAGUAGAAAGAUCUGCCCUUCUCGCUCUAAGCUUGAAAUGGAGCUUCAUCGUCUCGGACUCUGCGCCUCCUCUCCUACUGGAUCGCGAAGGGGUAGAAGUGCUCAUAGUGGGUUGGGUAACAACUCUUCUGCUGCUUAAUGGGUACCUCUCUAUUUGUGUGGAAUUUAGAGGUUUGGGUGAUUCUGAUAAGAGGAAUCGUGUAAAAGGCAUUGCCAGGAGAAGGAACCCCCAAAUUGUGGCGCUUAUUGAAACUAAAUGGAGCAAGUGUAGUAUGGAUUUAGUUACUAGUUUUAGCGGUGCUAGUGAUGUUGGUUGGAUCGCUAAUGACGCUAAUGGGAGUUCUGGAGGUAUUCUAAUCUACUGGGAUAAGUUGUUAUUUAAGGAAAUUUACAAUUAUACUGGGUCCCAUAUUCUAUGUGUUAAACUCGAAGAUGCUAUCUCUACUAAAGUUUGGCUGCUCAUUGUUGUCUAUGGUCAGCAAGAAAGAAUCGACAAACUUGGCUUCCUCUCUGAUCUUUAGGAUUAUUGCUCUCUUAUCUCAAUUCCUUAUUGUGUGGUUGGGGAUUUUAACUUGAUAAGAAGCCAUGAGGAUUACAGUGGUGCUAGAAGAAGUUCCGACCUGAUAUAUGAAUUUAAGGAGAUGAUAGAUGAGUUGGCUCUGCUUGAAUUACCUCUGGGGGGUAGCCGUUUCACUUGGAGCAAUGACUGGGAGAGGGCUUCUCUCUCUCUCUCUCUCUCUCUCUCUCUCUCUCUCUCUCUCGUAUUGAUAGGGCUUUUGUCUCUGCUGAUUUUGAUAAUUUAUUUUCUGAUUGUUGUCUCGCUGUUUUGGAACAAAUUGAGUCAGAUCACAAUCCUCUACUAAUCUCGUGGGGAAGACAGGACAAUAUUCGUCGCCCAUGGAGGUUUGAAAACAUGUGGUUGCAAGAUGAUAGAUUUAUUAUUAGUGCUGCAGAAUGGUUCAAAGUUCCUAUCUUUGGUAGAGGUACUGUUUUUCUAUGGUCAAGAAGGCUCUCCUUUCUGAAAUGCAAUAUCAAGAUUUGGAACAAAGAGGUGUUUGGGGACAUUAAGGUCCGUAUUGAUAACCUCAUCUCGAAUAUCAAAAAGCUAGAUGAUCUAGAAGAAAGAAGGGAUAUGCUGGAAGCUGAGUUAUUAGAAAGAGAGGGAUGGAAAUUGGAGUUGAAGAAUACUCUCAACCUUCAGGAAAUUUCCUGGAAACAAAAAUCUAGGGAAGCUUGGAAUCUAAAAGGGGAAAGGAACACUAGAUACUUCCAUAAGAUUGCUAAUUAUCGGAGGAAGAUUAACAGUUUCAACCGGAUUCAGAUUAAUGGGCUAUUUGUUGAGGGAAGACAAGCGCUGGGCGCUGGUAUCGCAGCAUAUAUGCUUCCUCUAGGCUGACUCCGCAAGAAAGCAGUCACUUGAUUUGGGCCUUUAGCGAGAAAGAAAUCUGGGAUGCAUUGGUAUCGAGUGAUGGAUCUAAGGCCCCCGGGCCGGACGGUUUUACCUUUGACUUCUACAAGAAAUGUUGGAUGCUUUG